AUGCACUCGAUAUUCUUUGGAGACGAAAAUACAGGCGCUCAAUUUGGCAUCAACUACGGACCGAUCCAUCUCCAACAUGGCCGACAGGAAACCCCACAACAGAGGACGGACAACGGGGUGCUCAGGUCACUUGCUUUCCCGCAGAUGCUAGAUCGAAGAGACAAUAUCAAGCCAUGCCAUACCAAUACCUGCCAGUGGAUUCUGGACUUGGAUUCUUUCAAGAACUGGAAGAGCCAGUCUCGCGGUCUACUCUGGAUUAAAGGCAAACCCGGUGCGGGAAAAUCGACAUUAAUGGCAUUCCUGCAUGACAAUCUCGAGGAGUCGCACGACGGGAAUCAAGGCAUCCGGCUCGACUUUUUCUUUAGCGCUCGAGGCACUGAGCUACAACGCACACCCCUCGGAAUGCUCCGAUCGCUGCUCAAUCAAAUAUUUUACCACGAUGAGACCGUGCGUGCUCGGGUUCGCGAGAUCUACGAGGAACGAUGCAGACAGUAUGGAUAUGGUGAAAAUAACUGGCAAUGGACACAGGUCAGGCUAGAGCAGCUAUUGGCAGAUACAAUCCUGAUAUCGGCCAAACGGCAGCAGGUGAUGAUUUUUGUGGACGCUCUCGAUGAGGCUGGGGCUGAGUCCGCCCAGUAUCUGGCAGGAUAUUUUCAUCGGAUUCUCGCCCGCGCAGAAGAAAUGGAAGCAGCCGUUCAAAUUUGUAUCUCAUGUCGACACUACCCUAUCAUGGAAGAUGCCCGGGCUGUUGAGAUACAUGUUCAAAACCAUAACUCUGAUGAUAUCGCUAUUUACAUCAAGGACGCCCUUGCUGGCAUGGCGGUCGGAGACAGUCUUAGUCAGGCGAAAAAGGAAGCCUUGGUAGAGCACUUGAUCCAUCAAGCCAAGGGGGUGUUCCAAUGGAUCUAUCUCCUAAUGCCCCUCAUCAAGCGGAGGAUCAACGAAGGGGAAUCGUUUGACCAUCAUUCCUGGCUACGUGAGAUUCCGGCCGACCUAGAAGAGGUGUAUGUGUACAUUCUCAACAAUGUGAUACUAGAAAGGAAUCGCGAGCAGUCAUUUCUGUUUUUCCAGUGGGUGUGUUUAGCUGAACGACCGCUGACUGUGACGGAAAUGCGCUAUGCCCUUGCUGCCGAGAAUGCCCAGAUAUCGCCAACCCCCAAAGCAUGGGAUAAUAUCGUCGGUUUUGUCGAAAGCGACGGCCAUAUGAAGCAAAGAAUCAAUGUUCUUUCUGGUGGACUUGCAGAGCUAGUCUCAAGUGGGGAUGACCCUGAGACUAUACAGGUGGUGCAUCAGUCUGUCAACGACUUUUUUCGCACAAAAGGACUGAAGCUUAUGUCUUAUCAAAUUGGUACCACCUCAUCAGUUAUGGAAAGCGAAACGAUUCUAUUUCGAUGUCAAGCAUAUCUCUACCGAUCAUGCCUGGUUUAUCUAGCCACUGCAAAAAUGGCUUGGAGAAUGUCGAAUAAUCCUUCAACAACAAAAAGUGACAUCGUUCAGGAUCCAUUGCUCGCCUAUGCCACUGUCAACCUCUUUAUUCAUGCGGAAAAGGCUGCCAGCUCUCGGUCGGGCGUCUUAAAGAAUGAAAAGGAUGUUUUGCAGCAAGUGAUUGGCCCUUGGGUCCAGAUUUACCGUAUCCUAUAUCCGUACAACACCGGAUUUCCUGAAGACGGCACAACUCUCCUGCACGUGGCUGCAGCUUCUGACCUGAUUGAUGUCAUAGAGUUUGUGUUAGAGAGAAACGAUGAUGUCGCGAUGAAAGACAAUCGCGGGAACACGGCUCUCCAUCUAGCAGCACGACGGGACCAUAUAACAGCAGGCAAAAUCCUCCGGAAAAGAGGCGCAGACUGCGACGCAAAAAAUGAAGCUGGGAUAACACCAUUGGUUGAGGCGGCUAGUCGUGGGCAUCUGAAAUUUAUCGAGUGGCUACUUCACGAGGGAGCUAUGGUUAGAGUAUGUGCAAUGAGCGGAGACGCAUUGCAGGCCGCUGUCCUGAGAGGAUAUGCUGAGGUGGUGCGUAUGCUCCUCGAUUCUCACGCCGAUGUCAAUGCCCAGGGUGGUGAAUAUGGCAAUGCCCUACAGACCGCCGCCUUUGGAGGAAACACUGAGGUAGUGCGAAUGCUGCUCGAUGCUCACGCCGAUGUCAAUGCCCAGGGUGGUCGGUAUGGCAAUGCCCUACAGGCUGCCGCCUUUGUAGGAAACACUGAGGUAGUACGAAUACUGCUCGAUGCUCACGCCGAUGUCAAUGCCCAGGGUGGUAAAUAUAGCAAUGCCCUACAGACCGCCGCCUUUGGAGGAAACACUGAGGUAGUGCGAAUACUGCUCGGUGCUCACGCGGAUGUCAAUGCCCAGGGUGGUUUCUAUGGUAAUGCCCUACAGGCCGCCGCCUUUGGAGAAAACACUGAGGUAGUGCGAAUGCUGCUCGGUGCUCACGCAGAUGUCAAUGCCCAGGGUGGUUACUAUGGUAAUGCCCUACAGGCCGCCGCCUUUGGAGGAAAUACUGAGGUAGUGCGAAUGCUGCUCGAUGCUCACGCCGAUGUCAAUGCCCAGGGUGGUGAAUAUGGCAAUGCCCUACAGGCCGCCGCCUUUGGAGGAAAUACUGAGGUAGUGCGAAUACUGCUCGAUGCUCACGCCGAUGUCAAUGCCCAGGGUGGUUACUAUGGUAAUGCCCUACAGGCCGCCGCCUCUAGAGGAAGCACUGAGGUAGUGCGAAUACUGCUCGGUGCUCACGCGGAUGUCAAUGCCCAGGGUGGUUUCUAUGGUAAUGCCCUACAGGCCGCCGCCUUUGGAGAAAACACUGAGGUAGUGCGAAUGCUGCUCGGUGCUCACGCAGAUGUCAAUGCCCAGGGUGGUUACUAUGGUAAUGCCCUACAGGCCGCCGCCUCUGAAGGACGCACUGAGGUAGUACGAAUGCUGCUCGAUGCUCACGCCGAUGUCAAUACCCAGGGUGGUAAAUAUAGAUCACCGCUUCAUGCGGCUCUUCAUAUGGGUCAUUCUGAUCACAUUGACCUUCUUCUUAUCGCGGGCGCAGAUCCGCUGCUUCCAGAUGAGCUCGCUCUCCACGUCUCGCCUCGGUUCUUAACGACCGGGAUAAGCUAUUACGAACCCCUCUCCAUGUCGCCAUCCACCGAGGGCAUAUCACGUCUGCUGUCACACUCCUCGACCUCGGUGCAGAUCCUUCUAUUCUGGACGGUUAUGGGAGAAAUAUCCUGGACUGGGUAA